AUGCAAUUUCUCUUUCAAUUUCCCGACUUUGCUUGUAGUGCUAAACAGCUAGUAAUCAAUUGAUUAAAUUCUACAAGUCAAGAACAAAGCAAUUUCCCAACUCUCUCAUCAUUUUUUAAUCACAAUUAGUGACUGGUUAAACAGGUUUCUAGGUCAAUUUUGAUCUUGUUGCAGGGAGAGGUGUUUAGAGCUGUGAAUUUGUUUGUUAAUGGCGGAUUUGGUGGGGCCUAGAUUGUACAGCUGUUGUAAUUGCAGAAACCAUGUUUCACUUCAUGAUGAUAUCAUUUCCAAGGCCUUUCAGGGAAAACAUGGCCGAGCAUUUCUGUUCUCCCACGCAAUGAAUGUUGUUGUUGGGGCAAAAGAAGACAGACGUCUCUUAACCGGUCUGCAUACUGUUGCUGAUAUCCACUGUGGUGAUUGCCGUGAGGUGUUGGGCUGGAAGUACGAACGAGCUUAUGAGGCAUUGCAGAAGUACAAAGAAGGGAAGUUUAUAUUUGAGAAGUCCAAAAUUGUGAAGGAAGAUUGGUAGCAAAGGGUCCUGCCAUUUGUUCCGAUUUCUGUGUUAAGUGUACCAAUACGCAGUUCCUAUAUAUUUAGUGUUCGUGUUUGUACAGAAACUCGGCAUUCCUUGACAAUCUAUCAUUGUUUCUUGCGGUAA